GUGCGCGCGCCCAAGCGGCGGGAGGUCGGGGUCGGGGGGAUGUCGCAGUGGCCGAUGGUGGCGGCCGGGCCGCUCGCCGUGCUGUGGCGAUGCGGCGGUGGCCCACGAAGCGGCAGGACGGCCGGGGCAGGCGUGAGGGCCCUCGGAACCGCCCAGCAGUGCCUCCAGGGAAUCCGCUUUCAGCAGUUGGCUCUGUGGAAGAGACAGACGUCAGUUUCCCAGUGGCUGUGUUCAACACCACCCAACGGAACUAGUAAACCAAAGGAUGCUGGUCCUGGAGCGGAUGGAGAGAAGAGAGGAGGAAAGCGGUAUGACUUUGCCUGGUGGAAACGGUUGCAGAAGGGAGAGGUCCCCUGGGAUGACAAGGAUUUCCGCAGUCUGGCCGUUCUGGGGUCAGGUGUUGCUGUGGGAUUUCUCUACUUCUGUUUCCGAGAUCCUGGGAAGGAAAUCACCUGGAAGCACUUUGUGCAGUAUUACCUGGCGAGAGGUCUGGUGGACCGGCUGGAAGUCGUGAACAGACAGUUUGUGUGUGUUAUUCCUGCCCCUGGGACGUCUGAGAAGUUCGUGUGGUUCAACAUCGGCAGCAUGGACACCUUCGAGCGCAACCUGGAGACCGCCCACUGGGAGCUGGGCAUCGAGCUCCCGGAGCAAACAGCCGUGGUCUACACCACCGAGAGCGACGGGUCUUUCUUGCGAAGCCUGGUGCCCACCUUUCUCCUGAUCGGAAUCCUCCUCUAUGUCGCGAGGAGGGGCCCGAUGGGGGCUGGGCGUGGCAGGCGAGGAGGGGGCCUCUUCACCGUUGGCGAGACCACAGCCAAGAUCAUGAAGAACAACAUCGGCGUGCGCUUUGCAGACGUGGUUGCUUGCGAAGAAGCCAAGUUGGAGAUCGUGGAGUUUGUGAAUUUCCUGAAGAAUCCCAAGCAGUAUCCGGACCUCGGGGCCAAAAUUCCAAAGGGGGCCAUGCUCACUGGUCCUCCUGGUACCGGCAAAACGCUUCUCGCCAAGGCGACUGCAGGGGGGGCCAGUGUGCCCUUCAUCACCGUGAACGGGUCCGAGUUCCUGGAAAUGUUUGUCGGCGUCGGUCCAGCUCGGGUUCGUGACAUGUUUGCAAUGGCCCGAAAAAACGCUCCUUGUAUCUUGUUCAUUGACGAGAUGGAUGCGACCGGCAGGACGCGCGGCCGUGGGCACCUUGGGGGCCAGAGUGAGCAGGAGAGCACCCUGAACCAGCUGCUCGUGGAGGUGGACGGGUUCAGCUCUACCACGAACGUCAUGGUGCUGGCCGGCACCAACCGCCCCGACAUCCUUGACCCGGCCCUGACGCGGCCUGGCCGGGUCGGCCGUCAGGUUUACAUUGGCCCUCCUGACAUCAAAGGCAGGUCGUCCAUCUUCAGGGUCCACCUGCGUCCACUCAAGUUGGACGAGAGCCUCAGCGAGGACGCCCUGGCGAGGAAGCUUGCGGCCCUCACUCCAGGCUUCACAGGUGCUGAUAUUUCUAAUGUUUGCAACGAAGCGGCCCUGAUCGCCACCCGCCACCUGAGUCCUUUUGUCCGGGAGAAGCACUUGGAGCAGGCGGUUGAGAGGGUCAUCGGAGGUCCCGAGAAGAAGACGCGGGUUCUGCAGCCCAGUGAGAAGAUGACGGUGGCCUACCAUGAGGCUGGCCACGCGGUGGUGGGCUGGUUCCUGGAGCACGCAGACCCCCUUCUCAAGGUGUCCAUCAUCCCCCGGGGCAAGGGGCUCGGCUACGCCCAGUGCCUGCCCAGGGAGCAGUACCUGCACACGCGGGAGAAGCUCUCGGACCGCCUGUGCGCCGUGCUGGGUGGCGGUGGCCGGGUGGCCGAGCAGCUGUUCUUCGGGCAGAUCACCACGGGGGCCCAGGAUGACCUGAGGAAGGUCACCCAGAGUGCCUACGCCCAGAUUGUGCAGUUCGGGAUGAGCGAGAAGCUGGGCCAGGUGUCCUUCGACCUCCCCCGGCCCGGCGAGGUGCUGGCGGAGAAGCCGUACAGCGAGGCCACGGCCCAGCUCAUCGACCAGGAGGCUCGGCGGCUGGUCAGCUCCGCGCACGCCCGCACCCCGGACCUGCUGACGCGCUACUGGGAGCAGGCGGACGAGCUGGGCAGGCGGCUGCUGGGGAAGGAGGUGCUGGAGCGGGCCGACACGGUGGAGCUGCUUGGGCCCCGACCCUUCGCGGAGAAGACCACCUACGAGGAGCUCGUGGAGGGCACGAGUGGCCUGGAGGAGGACACGUCCCUUCCCGAGGGGCUGACGGGCUGGCGCCGGGGGCCGGAGGAGGGCGGCACGGAGUGCCCCAUGGAGGAGAGCCCAGCCUAG